AUGGUGAGGAAGCUUACCAUCCUUCGAGACUUGUACUACUUGGAUAACGACGACGAGACUGAAAGAAGACAUCAAUUGGAACGUCCGAGUAAGGACGAUAAUUACCAGGACUCUGAGGAGGAGGAGGAGGACGACGACAACAGGGAGGAAGAGGAUGACGAUGUGGAUGAUGAGACUGAACCGGGAAGGGUCCUCGACGACGAUGACGAUGAGUGGGAUGGAGACUGGGCCGAGGGCUCAGCUAAUUACCCAGGCCAGAGUUGCAAUUUGGAAUGA